GACACGGACAGCGUCCGGGUCGCUCGUGCCCGCACCGUCGUCGUCGUCGUCGGGUCUCAUGAAGAAGUUUUCAUCGAAACUGGGCUUCUCGGGGCUGCGCACCGGGUGGAGCAAGCCCUCGACCAAGACGUCGACGCUGACACUGCGACGCAAGGGCGACAAGGCGACGCGGUCGCUGGAAUUGCACCUCGAGUCGAUUUCCGGGGGUUUGACGAGAUCAAGUGGAAGUGCGCGCUCUUCCUCUUUGAUGCAGACGAGGUGGCCUCGACGGCGCCGUCCCAGAUUCAAGUGCUUUCGAGUUCGGGCGCUAUCUUGUCGUCCAAGACGGACAAGGGCGCGGUGCAAAAGCUCUUCAAGGACAAGGCAAGUGUCUGGACCAUCGACAUUGGUGCAUCGCGCGAGUCGACGGAGGAGUAA